AGCGCCGAGAAAGUAAGUCUGUGUUUCCAGCUGACUACUCGCUCUCUCUCAGUGUGUGCGUAUGUGUGUGUGUGUGUGUGUGUUGUCAUUAUUAUUAUCCAGUCUGCUCCCAGCUCAGAAUGGCCAGAUUCACUCAGACUGAGACAAGAAGGGAGCAGCACCCACAGCCGCCCCAUCCCGCUUACUCCAGCCUGCUUUUCACUGGACCCGGGGCAGCACCGACCCAACAUCCACUCCUCUUAAUCCCGCACCAGCACCAGUACGCUCAGAUCCCAUUUCCUAAACCCAUGAACGGGUCAGAAUCCAUCUCCAUUCAUCCGGAGAACGGCACCAUGAAAGACCAAGAUGCCAUAAAACUCUUUAUCGGGCAAAUACCGCGGAACCUCGAGGAAAAAGACCUGAAACCAUUAUUCGAACAGUUUGGGAAAAUCCACGAAUUGACAGUAUUAAAGGACCGAUACACCGGCAUGCACAAAGGCUGCGCGUUCCUCACCUACUGCGCCCGCGAGUCGGCCAUCAAAGCCCAGAACGCCCUCCACGAACAGAAGACACUGCCGGGGAUGUUUCACCAAACCUCCCCGUCCCGUGAGGUCCCUCAUCGCUUAUUUUAAGUCUAUUUCAGGUUGUAGCCGGACUGGGGAGCUGCCGUCUGUGGGAUUCGUGAGUCAUGUGACGAUGUGAUCUGGGUUAGCCAGUGUGUGCGUGAGUUGUAGUGGUUGUACUUUGGGCACAUCGCUCUCUCUCUUGGGUCUUGUCUGAAGGAGUCUGGCUUCAGGACAGGAGGAAUGAGGGCUGAACGAGGGCCCCGGUGAAGACCCACAUCUCCCGCCUGCCAAUCUAUCUUCCUGUCCCCUCGGCUGCCGUGUGAGUGCAGGUGCGGCCCGGAGAGCUCUUAGCUAGAGACAAAGGGAGGGGAGGAUGCCGGAAAGACAAAUAGUGGCCAGUCUCUUCUGAAGGUUUUUAGAGGCUGGAGACGGGACGUCGGAAAAGACGAAGUGGCGCGGCGAAGCGGGGUCAUUUUUUGGGUUAGGCUCAGGCUUGAAGUUACUGUGUGGCUGUUGAAAUGAUUGUGGAUGAUUUUACAUAUUAGCUCAGCUAUUUCUCUGUUAGCCAAUAAAAUCCCUAACGGGAUCGAUACACAGAUUAUUAGCACAUUAUUACAUUACGGUCAAUCAGUCGUUAAUGAGGAAAUAAAAUAAAACAGAAUACAUUAACUUUGUAAAUGACGUUAAACUAAAUUAUUCAUUUGAAUUCAUUUCAUUUUUAACUUUUUAAUGUUAACUGCAUUUGUGUGCAAAUAUAUUUGCGCAUAUAACGCAUAAUUGAAAUGAAAUAUUUA